AUGUCUGGAGGUAUCGCUCGAGGCCGUCUAGCCGAGGAGCGCAAAGCCUGGCGCAAGAAUCACCCCCAUGGUUUUGUCGCUAAGCCAGAGAGUCUUCCUGAUGGUUCAGUGAAUCUGAUGGUGUGGCAGUGCACCAUCCCUGGUAAGGCAGGGAUUGCAGUUGCUUAG